CCUGCCUCUGUACCUGCCGCGUCAUUUGUAUCACAUCUUCACUGAUCACGCUUAUCAUCCUAAUAGCUUACCUUGAAGCAAAUUUAGAACAUUUGGUACUGCCUACCGUGGUCAACAUACAUGAUCCCUUUCACCCGGUGCUACAGCCGCUGUUUCCGCACUACCCCAUAUAUACUUUCCUUCUUCCAAACUUGUACAGUCAGUCCAUAAAGCGGGGAGCGUAUCUUGCGGAACUCUCUAUUCGUCAGGUUUGAAGCCACGUCAACUAUAAGUAUUAUUGGUGGGGUUCUUGUCAGACAGGGAACUCCUUGUGAGGACAUCAAGAAGGGCGGGCAAUCCGGAACGCCAGUAUAACUCGUUAAUCGCUCCCGUCAGACUUAUUCCAGACCCAUACACUGAGGCAACUACGGAUUACCCACCUUAUCGUCGUUGAGCUCGCACUCCAGGACUUUUCUUGAGAGGUCGGUGGUAGUGGGAAGGCAAAGCGAUACAGGUCACCAUGGGUCUUACGUACAACGUCUAUCUCACUUCCAACAAAAUAUUCGGGUGCAAGAAAUGCAAAACGCACCUUGCCGAUUACAAUGAUAUUAUCAGUCGGAAUUUCCGUGGCCAACAUGGCAAGGCGUACUUGUUCAACACCGUUGUCAAUGUAACCCACUCCGAGGCUGUGGAGCGUAACAUGACCACCGGAAGGCAUAUCGUCCGAGACAUAUUCUGCAGGCAAUGCGGCGAACUAGUAGGGUGGAAGUACGACAAAGCGUACGAGGCGAGUGAGAAAUACAAGGAAGGAAAGUUCAUUUUGGAGGAAGAAUUAUUAUGUGUGGUGUGUUGAAAGCCAGCUUCCGUUCCGUGAUGAUGGGCUGUCCAUUCGAUGACAGAAGCGGUAUUCAACUACCUGAGAGCAAUGUCGUCAUUGAACGGCCUGGAGGAGGAUGUGUGACUCAGAUAUUCAAGACGGAUUCGAGUGAGCGUUCUAUGGUGAGUGUUUAGGGGAAAGGCGUUGGGCAAGGCGUUCUGGAGUUUAUCCGUUUCAAACUGCAUGGGCGUUUACAGCAGGUUAGGGC